AUGGUUUUUAAGAAAAUUAAAUCCGAGGGCUGGGAAAUUAAAAUUCAAUCUAUGCUGCUCCAGAAAUUGAUUAAUGAGGAGGAGGAAAAUAAAAAGUGUUGCAAAAGGAAGAUCAUACUAGGACUUGUUCUUUGUUUACUUCUGUGUUUUCUCAUAACAGGGGCUAUUAUUUAUGAAGUAACAAAAGAAUCCUGGCAGGCAACUGAUCCUGAGACUAAAGAAGUUUAUUUCAAUAUCUCCAAUGUAGAAGAUGACAAAGCUGUGGUCUCAUGCUACUACACUAUGCCCGGCUCCCUAAGUUCCUCUGAGUUACUGCCCUCCGACAUUCAUUCACAGCUCUGUACUCAUAUAAAUGUAGCAUUCGCUCAGAUUAUAAAUAAGGAAAUUUACUUGGAUAAUGUUCAGCGCCAGAUUAUAUCUGAAGUUGUGAAUUUGAAAAAGAAAAAUCCAAACCUAAAAGUUCUGUUGUCAAUCGGUGGUGCAGGAGCUCAAGAUGGCUUCUCUGAUAUGGUUGUCAAUCAUACAUCAAGGAAAAUAUUUAUCAAAUCUGUGAAACAUACUCUCAGAAACUACACUCUGGAUGGUAUUGACCUGGAUUGGGAGUUCCCUGCCGUAAAGGACUAUCAGAAUAAGUUGAAUAAGAGAGAAAGACAACACUUCUCUCAACUCCUGAGAGAAAUUAGAGCAGAGUAUGUCAGAGAAAGGAAAGACUAUCUAUUGACGGUGGCCGUGGCCGCUCAACAGAUCAUUGUGGAUGCAGCUUACGAUGUGGAUCAGAUCAACAUGUAUGUGGACUAUGCUAACAUUAUGACAUACGACUUCCAUUACUACACUCAGUUCACACCCUUCACCGGCUUCAAUGCUCCAUUAUUUGCACGAGCAAGUGAACAACUAUAUAUGGCAACUCUGAAUAUAAACUACACCGUUGAAAUGUAUAAAAACAAGGGCCUGGAUGCUAGCAAGAUCGUGGUUGGGAUACCGACGUACGGACAUUCCUUUACUCUCGUUAAUGAAAACAACACCAAUGUAGGCAGCCCCUCGUCUGGCUUCGGGGAGCUAGGAAGUUUAGGAUUCGUAAACUAUCCAGAUAUCUGCACCUUCAUAAACACUCAUGAGAACAAUAAUCUCGAUAUGAAGAGGGAUCAAGAUGCGAAAGUUCCAUAUUUGUCGAGGAACUCGGAGUGGGUGUCUUACGACGACACUGACAGUGUCAUUGAGAAAGCAAAAUUCAUUAGAAAGCAAAAAUUAAGAGGUGCUAUGAUAUAUUCGUUAAAUGCCGACGACUACAAGGGUGUCUGCCGUGAGUUACACGGACAGGAGAAGUUCCCUCUCUCCGAAUCCGUCAGGGAGACCCUCAAAGAUUAG